CAGUCAGACCUCACGUUGAUAUAAAUUAUAAGUAUCACUUCACGAUGCAUCAUUCUACGUACGUGAGGAUGUUUGGAGUCAAAUUGAUUUUUGUCGUGUUAGGCCUUUUUGCAUUUACCGAUGCAGGAUUCCGUGCAUUUGUACAAAGUGAUUUGGGUGGGAUUACUGGUGCACACAAGAAUGUUAGCGUCAAUGAAAUAACAAAAACAGUGCAUUUGUUUCUGGGGGUGCCUUAUGCAAAGCCUCCGGUUGGCGAUCUACGUUUCAAGAAGCCGGAACCUUUUCUAAAUUUCACGAGUGAUUCUACAACGUUUAACGGAAAUUACUUCCGGAGCGCUUGUGUCCAAUUUUCUUCCGUGGUCAAUAAGCAUGUUUCCUACAACGAGUCAGAAAAUUGUCUAUACUUGAAUAUCUACAAACCUAAAAAUGCAAGUAGUCUCCCGGUUAUGAUUUGGAUUCACGGCGGCGACUUCACUUCCGGCUCAGCCGACCAGUUCAACAUGGAGUACUUGGCAGCUUUUGGUAAUGUCAUCGUCGUUACAUUCAAUUAUCGUGUUGGUAUAUUUGGCUUCUUCAGUACUAUGGAUGAAAAUGCAAUAGGGAAUUAUGGUUUGUGGGAUCAAAGACUUGUGUUCCAAUGGGUCAAGAAACACAUCAAUUCCUUCGGUGGAGAUCCCAACAGAAUAACAAUCUUUGGUCAGUCCGCAGGUGCUGUCAGCUGUUCUUUACACGCCAUGGCAGAGGUGAAUCGCAAUUUGUUUCAGAGAGUGAUCACACAGAGCGGUAGUUCAAUGUCCGUAUUAUACAAUAUGUCUGUUGAUGCCCGACUUAACGCCAUAUAUAUCGCAGAAAACGUGGGAUGCAAAAUCAGCAAAAAAGAUUACAAAAACAAAGGCAAACUUGCAGACAUGGUAGAAUGUGUAAGGAAUGUGGACGUACAAAAAUUAAAGGACAUUAUGAACUUAACAGGGAACAAAGACAAAGUCGAGGGAUAACCAGUAUUUUUGCCAGUUGUCGACGGGGAUUUAAUAAAGGUUGAUCCGGGAGAUGAGGAAAAGAUACAAACUGAAAAUAAUGAAGGUCUUCAAUUUUUUGGAUCACUGGAUUUUCUUAACGGAAUCACGAAGUGGGAUGGUGUUUCAUUUAUGCAUAUAAUACAAAAUGACGUUAAUGAUUUAAACAAAUCUCAAUCACUUUCGGAAACCCUUGAAAACUGGCUAAAUCCAUCAUUGUUUGAAUCUAUUUUCAAACGAAAAUAUUUGAAAGAAAUUCAACAGUUGGUUUGGAACAGGUAUACGAAUUGGGAUGACCCGUUAAGUCCAGAAAGGGUUCGGGAACAAGUACUUCAAUUUCUCGGCGAUGUCGCAUACAAUGUUCCCGCAGUUCGUGCUGCCCGUGAACACUUAAAGCACGAGUAUGAUACCGGAUCCGGAAACUACCUCUAUCAUUUUGUAGCUGAACCACCCGUGUCAUGGAAACUCCCUCUUGGAUAGAAGGUGCCACUCAUGCAGACGACCUAUUGUUUUUAGUAGAAAUGGACAACUUUAACAACUACACAGACUGGCAGCGACAACUGUCGGUCUCCAUAAUGACAUAUUGGGCGAACUUUGCGAAAACCGGGUCACCGAAUCAAGUAAACAGCAUUUACAAAUGGGUUCCGUAUAAUGACAGUCAGGAAACAUAUCUCGAAUUCAGCAAUGAUAUGGGUCCACAUUCUCUCAAGAAACACCUCCAUUCUGGUGAAACCAACUUCUGGCUAAAGGUUUUUCCUGAUCUUGUCAAGGCAUUCGGCACUAUGGAAACUGCGGGAAAUCAGUCGGGAACAUCUGCCUCAAUGCACAAGGGCAAAAUGGAUAUAAUGCUGUUAAGCAUUGUCAGUCUGUUUUUAUACAUUACUUUCUAAUGUGUUUGUUACAAUUGAAAGAUUUUCAAAAAUAUAUAUCCCACAACUUUGACAGAAAGGUAAUAUGAUUCAAAACAAAAUAUGCAAAUUUAGAUGAUUUUAUGCGUUGUAUACGAAUGACAAACAGGAUUAAACGUGAUAAACUGUCAUUGAUAUUUUCCUAUGUGUAUAUAUUACACUGUUUUUAUACUUGUCUAUUUAAAUCCUGAUAUGAAUUAUCCCGUGUUCUUUUUUUUCUUUUCAUUUUUCUAUUGAAACUGUAUUCAUCGCUACGAAUGUAUAUAUUACAGCCUU